GUGCUCGCGGUCGACGCGCACCUGACGGGCACCUGCCUUGGCCACCUGGCGGGCCACAUUGGAGACGAGCACAGUGGCCUGUCGGUAGCGCUGCCGAUGGGCUCGAUCGAUCCUUCCUCCACUGGCGACCUUCCUGGCCCAAAAAUCGGCGCGCUCAUUGCCAACAAAAACACGGACCGACAGACUCGAUGCACGUCGCUGCUCGAGAGUGGCGUGGCUCUUGACUUUGACAAUCCAGAG